AUGCCGCCUCCGACUCCGCUGGCUCCUCCGGGGCCGGCUCCCCCCGCCUCGCUUUCUUUGCGAUCCCCUUGUCCGACUUCUUCCCCGUCUUCGCCGUGCGCGUCUCCCCCUCCGUCUGCGCUGCCCUCCUCCAGCGCGGCAGCUGCCCCUAUCCCUUGUUCAGUCUCGCCGCCUGCGCCUCGGUCGAGCGCGCUGGCGGCGCCUUCGUCCCCUUUGUCUCCUUCUGGCCUCGCGUCGGCCGCUUCUCCGUGGCUGACGCCGCCGUCGCCGGUGCCUGUCGCCGCGACUCCUUCGUGCUCUGGUUCUCCUCCCGCAUCGGCUCUUCUCUCUGCGCCUCCAGCCUCCCCCGCAGGUGCGAAAUCUCAGGCCGCCCCCGUGGGCUCGCGCUGCGCGCCGCCGCAGACUACCCCGGCAGACCGUCAGGGUUCCCCGGGGCUGCCUUCGGCUGCCUCGCGCCUAGACGGCUCGACUGCGGCUCCGCCCUGCUUCGGGUCUCGCCCCGCUUCGACGGUCUCCCUCCCGUUUGACCGAGGCUGGCUGUCGAGAGCCCAGCUUCCGACCGCCGCCUGCAUCUCGCCCGCGCCCCUCCGAGCGGGUGCGGCGGCGGCCGCCAGCCGCCCGGCUGCCGAUGGGCAAGCGGACAGCGGAGCUCUAGGCGCGCCUUCGCUCGUCCACGUGCUGCCGCUGUCGUGUUCGACACUGGAGCUCCUUGGGAGGGGUUCAGGCGCGGAGGCGCGCAGUGCCAUGCUGCCGCUGACUCCCGUUUCUCAGCCGCCUGCAGGUGCGGACGAAGGCGUCGACUUUCUGGGGAAGCGAAUCGCUCCGCCCCUCCAUCCUCCGUCCUCCUGCUACUCGCCACCCCAAAGUCCCUCGUCGCGCUCGAUGCUAUCGCUCGCUUCCUGCGUCUCGGCGGCGGCCGCCGCGACGCCUUCGGCGCCGCUUCCUCAGCUGAAGGACUCUCAGCUGUUCUCACCCGUGCCCAUCACCGCUGCGCCGUGCCCGUCGCUGCGCCGAAGCACCUGUGCCUCUCGCUCGGCGGAAGACAAAGACGCCUCGGCUCCUCUGCCUGCGCUUCCGUCGACGAGCUCGGUGGCGCGCCUCGCCGCUGUCUCAGACGUGAGCGCGGCUGCGCCUGGAGCCGAAGGCACGCCGAUGCAUCCGCCCGCCGCGGCGCGGCGGCGGGACAGUCCCUCCGCCGAGGGAGGUUCGGCGCUCGCUGCCUCGGAUGCCGCCGCGCCUCCGCCUCCCGCAGACGACCCACGGCGCGUCCGCAUCGCGCGAGCGCAGUCCGCCGGCGGGGAGGGCGGGCGGCGGCGCGGGCGCGAUGCCGAGCGCGAGAGAGAGGAAGCCGAGGCAGAGCGACGGAGGGAGAAAGGGCGAGCGCGGCAAAGGGCGCGCACAGUCGAUGCGGCUGCGAGUCUGCGUCGACGCCGCGUCGAGAGACGGCGAAGAGACGCUGGGCUGGGGGGGAGCGAAGCCGCGUGUCGGCGCUCCGCCAGCGUCAGUUCUCCGUCGGCUCUGGAGUCGCUCGAGAGCAGCCAGGGGGCCCCUGCCGGCGGGGUGCGUGGCGGCGGGGCUUCCAAGUCUCCAAAUCAAGGCCGCAUUUCGUCAAAGCCGGCCGACCCGCGGACUCGGCGGCCGUCCUUUCCGCUCUCCGUCCCUCUAGCCUUUGCGGUCCGGGGAGACAGUCUUCCCUGUACGACUCUGAGCUGCGGAUCUCCUUCGCUCUCCGCCUUCCAGACGGCCUCUUCGCGUCUCCUGGCUGGGGCGCAGGCCACCGCGCCGGGGGCCUUCUCGGGGGCGGCGCCUUCUCUCUCGCCCGACGACGCAUCCGCUGCGCAGAUUCUCUCCGUAGACAAAGACGCGUACAGACGGUUCGUCGACUCGAUCAUGCGAAGCGGCAGCGCGAAGCAAGAAGAGAGAACGGCGCUGUAUUACUGGGAAGAGGUUCAGCGCCUGCGCGGUUACUUGCAAAGUGCGCUGGAGCAGUCCGACGAGCUGCGCGCGGCGGUGCGCCUAAGCCAACUCGCGGCGAAGCGGAGUCGCCAGGAGGCAGAUCGCGCGCGAGAAGAGGCGCGGCGGAACGCCGAAAAUCGCGCGCUCGUGGCUUCCGCGCGCGAUCUCAAGGCGGAGAACGUCUUUCUUGAGCAGUUCGUCACGCGGGGCGACCGCGUGCUCCAAAACAAGGAGUUGGUCAAGUGCCGCGAAGCCGUUGACCGCCUCGAGGCGGAGAAUCGCAGUCUGCGGAACCGCGUCUACGAAGAGCGGAAAAACAUCAUGCUGCUGGUGCGACAACGAUGCGCCCUCGACGCCCUUCUCCAACACGUCGCUUCGCAGCUCGACGUGGGUGAGCAGGAGGACCUGCUUGCGCAUAUGCGACUCUGUGCUGCGGCGUGCAUUUCGAUCGAUACCAAGGGGGAGGAUCUCGGGGUGCCGAGUUGCGUCGCCAGCGCAGCGACAGUGCCUUGCGCACUGCUGCCGCCCAAGUCGUUCACGCUCGACGGGCUGGGGAAGCGCGCCGAUUGCGAGGGCAGCGGAAACCAGGACGCGGAGACCGGCGUGCGCGGCUGCGGCGCUGUCGCGGCGCCUGCGGAGGUGGAGCAGGACAAGGCCGAGGGUGUGUCUCGAGAUCAGGCGCAGAUUGUGACGCUGCAAUCCGAGAUUGACCUGGAGAAGCGCCGCAGCUUCGAGCUGAAGAGCCGCCUCGCCGACAAGGAGUCUCAUCUGUCGAACUUGCAGCACGAGAGAGACGCGCAAGAGGCGGAGAUCAGGCGGCUGCGGUCCCAGCUGGAGAAGCAAGCGGAGGCGUACGCUGCAGCCAACAAGCCCCGCAGCAGCCACGAAGCUGAGAAGAUCCGUGCUCUGGAGACGCAGUUGAUGACGGUUGAAGAGCAAGCGAAGAAAGACCUCCAGCGGAAGAACGAUGUCAUCGAGAACCUCCAAACGCAAGUCGUAGAUGUGCAGCAGCAGCUCGCCCUCGAGAGAGCGGCAUUCGCGCUCAAGGAGGAGCAACACACCAGGGAGGCUGCGCUGCUCGCCGCGAAAGCAGCCGCUGGAGGCGGCGCCGCCGCGGAAAUCAGUGAGUUGCGGAAGAAGCUUGAGACUGAGCAGAGCGAGAAGGCGAAGCUCCACGGAGAGCUGAAGGCGCUGCAAGAGAAGGAACGCCAGCUGGCUUCGCAAGGCGCCGAUUUGGCGGGACUGCAGAAGGGCCUCGAGGACAAGAAGAAGCUCCUGGCUGCGGAGGAGGCCAAAACGACGGACCUUUCACAGAGGCUCCAGGAGACGGAAAAAAAGAAUAAAGACCUUGAGACUCUAGUGGAGAGCCUAAAGAAGGAGCUCGCAGCCGAGCGCGAGGAGAAGAGCCGGGCGCAGCAAGACCUGGCUGCAGAGAAGAGAAGCCACGAGGAGAAAGAGAAGGCGUUGCAAGCAGAGAUUAAGGCGCUGUCAGAGGCGAAGGCGGGACUGGCGGGCGACGCGGGCGCGGCCUGCACCGUCCCCCAUGCGCCUGCAGGGAAAGGCUUGCCUCCCGCCCCCGGGAAAGGCGUCAAGAGCAAAGCAACACUCCCGCCCCCUGGAAAGAACAUGAAGAGCUCGCCUGCCUCUCCGGCGCCUUCUGCCGGCGACGUCGCGGCUCUGAGUGCGCAGAUCGCCAAGCUGACGGAAGAGAAUCAGCGGCUCACUAAGGCUCUGGAGGCAGCUUCGCAGCGGCCUGGUGCAGACGAACCGAAACCUCCUCUUUCUAAGACCGCAUCGUUGAAGAAGGCGGGCGUCGCACCUUCUGCGGGAGACAGUGCCGAGCCGCAGGCUUCCAGGGCUCCGCUGCCAUCGCUUGCAGGAAAGAAGGCUCCGCUCCAGGGCCCCGCGAAGAAGGGUGCGCCGCCGCCGCCGGCCUCGAAGGCCGCGCCGGCGCAGGCGGACGAGGGCGGCGCGCCUCUCAGCCUAGCGCAGCAGUUCGCAGCUGCUGAGAAGGCGCAGGCCAAAGGCAUCCUCGACACCCUCCGAAGGACGCUGACCUUCUCGCGCUCUGCGUCGCGCGCCCAGUCGCUGGCCUCGCCGCGAGGAGGCGAGGCAGAAGAAGCCGCGAGGCUGCGGACUCAGCUGGAAAAAGUGAAGGAGGAACUCGCGAACGUCCUGGCAGAGAACGAGGCGCUGCGCCGCCAGCCGCCUGCGGGCGCAGCUGGCGAGCUGCCGGCCUCGGAAGCGAUGCCUCCAAGCAAGAAAACUGUGCCGAAGAAGACGACGGCAACAGGCCCGCCGCCUGGAAAGAAGGCGUCUGUAGCCUCCGGGACCUCGCCUGCGUCGGUCAAGGGAGGCGACGGCGAGGCGGAGAAGGCGAUCGACGCUCUGCGCGCCGAAAACGCUGCGCUUCUCAACAAGAUUGCGGAGCUGGAGUCGGCGAUUUCUACCGCCCCCAUUCCCUCCAAGCCUGCCGCGGAGGAGAGCGAGAAAAACCUCCCUGUGCCUGCGAAGAAAGGCCUCCCGCCAGCUCAGAAAGGCAGCUUGCUCCCGAAGGCCAAGAAGGCGGCGCCCGCCUCGGAGGCAGAGACGGGCCCGCGAGCGGAGGGAGCGCUUCCGGCGGACGCUGAAGGCGCGGGCGAAGAAGCGAAGAGACUCGCGGCUGAAGUGGCGACGCUGAAAAACGAGAAGGCGGCGCUGGAGAGAGAACUCGAGGCGGCUCGAGCCGCGACGCGCGAACUGGAAAAGAAGCUGCAGGAGGCGCCACCCACGGCCUCCUCCGCGGCGCCGGAGGAGGCAACGAAGGCGCCGACUCUGGGGGCGAAGCCAAAGGGCAAGGGCGCGGCGGCGCCGCCGGUGGGCAAGAAGGCCCCUGCGACCGCGUCGGGCCCAACGUCGAGUCCUGCAGGCGAGAGCAAGGGAGAAGUGGAACGUCUGCGAGCGGAGCUGGAAGCGGCUGCGAAAGAGAGAGACGAACUGAAGAAGGAAAUCGAGGACUUGCAGAAGGCCGCAAACGACAGCAAGGCUGAGGCAGGAGCGGCCGCGGAGCCGGCGACCAAGGUUGGGGUCAAAGGCCCGCCUUCCAAGGGCCUCCCGCCCCCCAAGAAGGCGCUCGGCAGCCCCGCGAAGAAGGCCGGCCUUCCCGUCUCGCCAGCAGCCGGAGUCGCGCCGCCGGCGCCGGAGGAGACAGAGGGCUCCGCGGGCCCCCAGGGCGCAGACGAGGAGGUUGCGAAGCUGCGCGGAGAAGUGGAGAAGCUCCGGAAGGAGAAGGACGAACUGGAGCGUCGCCUUGGGGAGUCUGAGGCGACGCGAGCGGCACUGGAGGUGCAGCUGGCCACUGAAGAGAAGAAGGCCGUCGGCAAGGAGACACCGAAGCCGGCGCCGCCAGCCAAGGCGAAAGUUUGGGCUCCGCCGGCCGCGAAUGCCAAAGGCAAGGGCGCGCCGCCUCCAAAGGCAAAGGCCCCUUCGGACUCGCCCUCGGCGGGUCCCGGCGCGGGAGAGCCCGCAGAGUCGCAUGCGCGGAUCGCAGCCCUGGAGGGCGAGCUGCAGAUGCUGAAGGAGGAGAAGGAAGGCUUGCUGCGGGAGGUGGAGGAGCUGAAAAUGAAAGGCGCAGGCGAGCAGGAAGCCGACGCGGCUCCCCAGGGGCCUCCCAGGCCCCCGGCGCCGCUCAAAACGUCGGCGAUGCCGCCCAAGAAGAAAGCCCCGCUUCCCGGCGGCGGGGUGGUCCCGAAGGCCAGCCCAGAGGGCGAGAAGGCUGAAGCCGAGGCGGCUGGCGUGUUAAACGCGAAGCUCGAAGCGCUGGAGCAAGAAAACCGCAAAUUGCGCGAGGAGUUGGCGGCGGUUCAGGAUCAGCUGAAGCAUACCAGAGAGGCGAAACGCGAAGGCGAAGCCCCGCCCCCGGCGAGCAGCGGAGACGCCGGUGGCGCCGAAGUUGCGCCCGAGGAGGCGAAAAAAGCGACCCCGCCUCCAGGGCUUAAAGCGAAAGGGGGGCCGCCCAAGAAGAAAGCCCCUUUACCGUCUGCGCCGUCUGCUGCCUAUGACGAGGCGAGGCCUGCGAGUGAGAAGAGGAUUACAGCCCUUGAGAAGGAGAAUGCGGAGCUCAAGCAGCAGGUAAAGGAUCUCGAGGCAGAGAGAGAUGGUCUGAAGAAGGAGGUGGAAUCUCUGAAGCAGGCUGCGGACGCUGCAGGCGCGGCGCAGCCUGCGCCUGCGUUGUCUCCGCCGGCUGAGAAGGCCAAGACACCUGCGCCCAUUGGGAAGAAAGCAGUGCCGCCGAAGAAGGCCGCGCCAGCAGCGAGGGAGGCGGAAGAAGGCGCCCAAACGGGCGAUGACACAGCGAAGGAACUCGCUGCAGCGAACGAGCGCGUAGCGACGGUGGAGAAGGAGAAAGAAGAGCUGAUAAAGAGGGUAAAGGAGCUCGAAGAGGCCGCGAAAGCUGCAGCAGAGAAAUUGAAAGAAGAGGGAUCCGGCGGAGAGGCCGCUACGAAACUAGGAAAACUUCCGCCUCCUCCGAAGGGAGGCAAGAAAGCGAGCCCGCCGCUGAAGAAGGCCGCGCCACCAGCAAAGGCGGAAGAAGGCGCGCAAGCGGAUGACAGCGAGAGGCUGAAGACCAAGGUCGACGAGCUGGAGAAGGAGAAUGCAAACCUCAAGAAGGAAGUCGAAGACCUAAAACAGAAUCUGUCUUCCGUGCCUGCACCUGCGGCCGAGGCGGCACCGCUCGCCGAGGGAGAGAAGGGCGUAGUUGAAGCGCGCACGGCGGCGCUGGAGAAGGAAAAUGAGGGGCUUAAGCAAAAGGUAAAGGCGUCUGAGAGUGAGACAGAGACGCUGAAGAAGCAGAUCGAAGAACUAAAAUCCAAAAUGGGCGCGGAAGCGGAAGCGGGUGCAUCACCGCCUCCGCCUCCUGCAGGCAAAGCCAAGAAACCGCCGCCACCGAAAAAGGCAGCGCCGCCCCCAGCCACGCCUCCAUCAAAGCCGGAGGACAGCAAAGAAGACGAGGAAGGCAAAAACAAAGGUCACGAAGAGCUCGCAGCUGCGAAGGCGAAACUGGAGAUCUUGGAGAAGGAAAACGACGACUUGAAGAAGCGCGUCAAGGAGUUAGAGGAGGCGCAGAAGGGUGAAAAAACGGAGGAGGAAACAGAGACCGAAGGCGGUGAGGCGCAGACAUCGGGCGCGAAGGCCAAGGCGCCGCUGCCCCCGAAGGGAGGAAAAACACUCAGCCCGCCGCCGAAGAAAGAGGCCUCGGCCGCCAAGGAGGGCGCGGAGGCGCAGGCAGCCGACAGCGAGGCUCUGACCUCGAAACUCACAGCGUUGGAGAAGGAGAAUGUGGAGCUGAAGAAAGAGCUGGAGACUCUGAAGCAGCGAGCGGAGGCGCCCGCAGACGGGCGGGCAGCCGCCCUGGCGGCCGACGAGGAGGUGAAGCUGAAGGACGAACUCGCGCGCCUGCGGAACGAAAACGAGGAGCUCCAUAAAAAGAUAGAAAGCGGCGCGGGCGGCGCAGAGGCCAACAGCAAAGAGAGAGUCGACGAAGAAGAGAAGACAAAAGCGACGGAGGCGCCAAGGGCGGGCUCGAAGGCAGGCAAAGCUCCCCCUCCGAAGAAGAAGCCGGGCGUGAGUGCGGCGAAGGCGCCGGUGAGCGCAGCCAAGGAGGAGGACGCAGCGGAGGGCGACUCCACGAAUGAGCUGGCAAAGCAGGUCGCUGAGCUGCGCAGACAGAACGAAGAAUUAAUGAAACGCCUCGAGGCGCGGAAGACGGAGGCCGAGGACGGCAGCGCAGGCGGCGGCGGCGCGUCGGAGGAGGUCCUCAAGAAGUUGAGAGAGGAAGUGGAGAGCUUGAAGAAGGAGAAAGACGAGCAAGAGCAGAAGCUGAAGGCUCAGAUCGCAGAGCUGGAGAAGGACAAGGCUGCGGUGAAGACGCCCAGCGACCAGCCGGUGGCCGCUGCAGGUGAGGGGAAAGACGGCGAGAAGGACGUGAAGGCGCUUGAAGAAGAGAUCAAGACGCUGAAGUUGGAGAAGGAAUCACUCCAAAAGCGUCUCAAAGAGCUCGGCUUGGCAUCCGCAUCUGAGGCCGCGGCAGCGCCGUCUACGGCGAAAUCGAAGCCCGGGCCUCCGCCGGCAAAGGCGGCGGACGGCAAGGAGGGGGCGCAGGCAGGCACGGACGCGGAGGCGGCGCAGCGUCUGCAGGCGCGCCUGGAGGCGCUGGAAAAGGAAAACGAGGAGCUGAAGCAGCGCCUGCAUGCGUUGCCGCAAGUGAGUCUACUGUCGAGCGAUGGGGAAGGCUCGAAGGCGGACAAGAAGGGCGGACUCGCGUCGCGUGCGCCGAGCGCCAGGUUCGGGGAGGACGAUGCAGUUUUCGAGAAGCAGUGGAGCACCCUGAGUCCAUCCGCAGGCAACAUGGUCCCCCUGUCCAAGUACGAAGCGGCGAAAUCCAAAUACGAGAAGCUGCUCGAGGCGUACCGUGGCCAGAAGACCAAGGUCGCUGCGUUUGACGGCGAGCGGCGCCGCUUCGCGGAAAAGCGCGCCGCACUCGAGGCGCAGGUCACGGACCUGGAGGGCGACCUGCGCCGCACGCGAGACGAACUGAACGUCUUCCUCGAGGUGGAGCGGCAGAAGGAAGAAGAGGAAGAGCGCAAGCGCGCGGAGGAGGAGGCGCAGAGUGCGAGCGGCGGGUUCUUCUCCUUCUUCGGCGGCGGUGCCGCUGAGGCGGAGCUGUCUGAGCAGAGCGACCCAGAGAAGAACAAACUCGAAGUUCAGUGCAAGCUGCUCAAGGUGAAAGUGAAAAAUCUGGAGGAAGAGAAGCUCGUCCUCGAGGGCAAGGUCGCGAAGCUCGAGGAGAAGUGGAAAGAGGUCCGCGAGGGGGCUACGGAAAGCAUGGCGACGAUUCCGACGAUGGAGGACCUGAACAAGACCGGAGAGGCGGGAGGCGGCGCGGAGUCGCUGAAGAAGCUGCAGGAACUCGAGAAGCAAGUUGCGGAGGGCAAGGCGAAGGAGGAGCAACUGGGAGACCAAGUGAAGAAAUUGCAGGCGCAGCUGCAGAGCCUCCAGAAGGCCGACGGAGGAGGCGAGGCGAAGGAGGCAGCGGAGGAUGCGGCAAAACAAGGCGACGCCGAGCGCGUGGCGCAGCUCGAGCAGAAGCUGCAGGCCGUAGAGCGCGAGAGAGACGAGCUGCGACAGAAACUCAGCGAGGAAGAAGAGGAAAUCAAAAAGCUCAAGGGCGAGAACGAGUCCCUCGAGAAAGGCAAAACAGACCUCCUCAAGAAAGUCGCCGACCUCGAGGCAGAAGUCAAGGGACUUCGUGAGCAGGCCGCCGCACUGGACGCGUCGGCAAAGGUCGCGGAGGCGGCGAAGGAGGAAUCUGGGGGUGAGGAGAAGAAACCGGCCGACGAUGAAGAGAAGAGGAAGGAGAAAAGGAAGAAGAAGGAGAACAGAGAAAAGGAGAAGGACAAAGAAAAGGAGAAGGACAAAGAAAAGGAGAAGGACACAGAAAAGGAGAAGGAUACAGAAAAGGAGAAGGAUACAGAAAAGAAGAAGGACAAAGAAAAGGAGAAGGAUAAAGAAAAGGAGAAGGACAAACAAAAGGAGAAGGACAAAGAAAAGGAGAAGGACAAAGAGGAGAAGAAGCCAAAGGACGAGAAGAAGGAGGAAGCCACUCCGAAGGCAGAAAAGGAAAAGGAGGCUCCGCCGCCUCCUGCGUCUCCGCCUUCGCCGCCGCCGGAACCGAAGGAAGAAGCGCCUGCCUCUCAAGACGCAGGUUUUUUCUCUUGGUUCGGCGGCGGCGAGGCUGCGACCUCUCCUCCCGAGGAGAAAAAGGCAGAAGACGAAGGCGCAGGAGCCAGUCUGCUCUCCGCGUUCGGAUUUGGAGCGCCGGCGGAACCUGAAAAGCCGUCUGAUGACGAGGCCGCGCCCCUCCGCCUUUCCACCGCCGUCAAAGACGAGCCCGACAAAAAGGAGGAUGACGCAAGAAGCGUCUCCAGCUCCGAGGAUGAAGCCGACGGGGGGGUCGGCGCAACCAUCGCCGGAUAUUUUUGGGGAUUCUAG